AUGUCUAUGACAAAACCACCGUUGCUUGAUUUAGCUAAUUAUGGAUAUUGGAAAGUUCGUGUGCAAGCGUUUAUUAGUAAUCUUGAUGAGAUGGCUUUUGAUGAGUUUGUUGGGAUUCUUAAAGCUUUUGAGUUAAGCAAAUCAUAUGAAACUGAAGGAGUGAAGAAGAAUGUGAAAUGUUCAGCAAAGAAAACACAAUGCUUUGAAUGGAAAGGGUAUGGACAUGUUCGUUCUGAUUAUGCCAAUCUACAGAAGCAUAAUAAGAAGGCUAUGAAUGUUGCUAGUGGUGAUUAUGAAACUGAUUCAGAAGAUGAAGAAGAACUGCUGAACUUGGUGGCGUUUACAACUUUCGAAGAUAGUUCUGAAUUAGAGUCUGCAACUACGUCAGAAUCUGUAGGAAAACCUGCAACUGCGUCUGAAUCAACACCAAAACCUGCAACUGCAUCUGAAUCUGCAAAUACGGCAAAGUCUGAAACAGAGAGUGAUAUUGAGGAGAAUUCAGUUUUGACUAAGGAGAAGCUCAAGUUGGAAGCUAAAAUUGCUGAAGCAGAGAAAUAUGCAUCAAAAAAAGAAGAAGGAGCAUCAGAGGCUAAAGUUCAACUUGAAGAAACUCAAAAGAAUUUGAGGAUGCUUAAUAAUGGCACAAAGCAGUUGGAUGAGAUUAUGAGUAUUGGAAAAAUGGAUAGAUAUGGCCUUGGUUUUAAAGGAAAAUGUUCAAAAUCAGAUCCGGUGUUUGUUUAUGGUGGAAAAGUCACGUCUGCAUCAAGAACUGUGACAGAAACUGCAACUGAGACAGAGUCUGCAUCAGAGACUGUAGUUGUUCAGAAGAUUGGAACAAAAAAUUCUAACUUGGAGAGUGAACCUCAAAGAAUUUUUCGUCCCACUUGUUAUCAUGGUGGUGUUGUUGGGCAUAUUAGGCCAAGGUGUUUCAGAUUGAUGAGUGAGAGGAAUCAAAUGAAGAAGGCUUAUGAUGUGAGUUUUCAAGUUCCAACAUGCUAUCAUUGUGGAGUUAGAGGGCAUAUUAAGAGGAACUGUUUCAGAUUCAUUCGAGAAUUUAGUCAUGAAGGCAUAAGGUGCAAGAAGAUUUGGGUUAGGAAAGAUGAGUUAUAUGGAGAUGGUGCAAUAGGUUAUGGACCUCGUUUUACAAAACGGGGAGUAUUUUCUAAUUAG